UUAAAAACAAAAACAAAAACAAAUAAAAACAUUCAAGCGUUUUCAUGUUUUAUUUGCGUUAUGCUUCUAAUAUAUUUACAAAACAAGUACAAAUGAUUAGCCAACUUGCACAAACCGUGCAGCAACAACCCGACAAAUAAACUAUAACAGUACAUUACAUAAAUAUCAUAUACACGCAUAUCACCUACAAGCAGAGCUUCACAUAACAGGAACGCAUGCGGACCAAUAAAGAACAUCGCGGACUGUUCUUAGACGCGAAUGUGUACCGUCUGCAUAUUUUUAACAUAAAGCAUUUUUAAAUAAAGGCAGGGCGGGUGCUCGCGGACAGAAGGUGCGCUAUACGUGCGUAACGUAUGGAUUAUUACAGGACAAGGGGUCUCAGGGCUUUGUCAGCGAUCUCCGUGAAUCUCGUAAUUAAAUGAAUUCUAAGGGCGACUUGUCAUGCAGUCUCCAUAAGAGAUCAGGGGUUGUAAAUUUAAGGUUAUGUCUUUAGUCCAUGAAGGUUUUGGGGCUCAUCGUCUGAACACCCCCCUUCCUCAACCCCUAGGAAAAGUGGUGCUCCCUCCAGUCCAGAGCAGGUUUGAGGCACAGAGACAGAAAUCCUCCGUCCCCGCUAUUAGAGAAGUGGUGCUUCCUCCAGUCCAGAGCAGGUUUGCGGCACAGAGACAGAAAUCCUCCGUCCCCGCUAUUAGAGAAGUGGUGCUUCCUCCAGUCCAGAGCAGGUUUGCGGCACAGAGACAGAAAUCCUCCGUCCCCGCUAUUAGAGAAGUGGUGCUUCCUCCAGUCCAGAGCAGGUUUGCGGCACAGAGACAGAAAUCCUCCGUCCCCGCUAUUAGAGAAGUGGUGCUUCCUCCAGUCCAGAGCAGGUUUGAGGCACAGAGACAGAAAUCAUCCGUCCCCGCUAUUAGAGAAUCGGUGCUUCCUCCAGUCCAGAGCAGGUUUGCGGCACAGAGACAGAAAUCCUCCGUCCCCGCUAUUAGAGAAGUGGUGCUCCCUCCAGUCCAGAGCAGGUUUGAGGCACAGAGACAGAAAUCCUCCGUCCCCGCUAUUAGAGAAGUGGUGCUCCCUCCAGUCCAGAGCAGGUUUGAGGCACAGAGACAGAAAUCCUCCGUCCCCGCUAUUAGAGAAGUGGUGCUUCCUCCAGUCCAGAGCAGGUUUGAGGCACAGAGACAGAAGUCCUCCGUCCCCGCUAUUAGAGAAGUGGUGCUCCCUCCAGUCCAGAGCAGGUUUGAGGCACAGAGACAGAAAUCCUCCGUCCCCGCUAUUAGAGAAGUGGUGCUCCCUCCAGUCCAAAGCAGGUUUGAGGCACAGAGACAGAAAUCCUCCGUCCCCGCUAUUAGAGAAGUGGUGCUCCCUCCAGUCCAGAGCAGGUUUGAGGCAUUGUGACUGCUCUCUCACUCCUUAAAAGAAAGCAUGGUUAUCUUGCAUAGGACAACAACUAAGCACUCAAAACCUAGCGUUUUCUUUUGGAACAGAGAAUGCAUGCCCAUUUUUUUCAAGUGUUCCCCAUAAAUGCUUGUAUUGAUGUAAAAAACUAACAAAAGACAAAAAAACAGGAUUCCAGCACCACCAUCAAUUUUGACAAGAAAAAAAAAAGUCGCAAGU